AUGGCCAUCUCACUUUUAGAUCACACCCAAAGCCCCCUCAAUUUCGAGAAAUUCAAAAAACACCCCAAUAAUUCCAACCGGAUUUCAUUAUGGGCCUUUAUGGUAUCCAUCAUAAUUUACAUUUCAGUGUUUUACACCUUCAACCUCUCCCCCUCAAAUCUCUUAUGUACCCCCAAGUUUUGGUUUAUUACACUUAACACCCUUAUUCUCAUCAUCGCAUCCGAUUUUAGGGCCUCCCGAGAAAAUCACGAUGACUUUUACGGCGGAUAUCAUAAAUUCAGCGCCACGACACAUGGCGACUCGUCAUUCGUGGUAAAAUCUCGUGAAAAAGAAGUUUACCAAGAAACUCGUGAGAGAAUAAUACGAGUCGUGGAAAGUAAAAAUACUACAAAAUUCGAUGACAGUGAAAAGGUGGAUAAUAAUUCGAGUGAGAAAAUGAUUGGUAAAAAUUGCUAUGAAAGUAAAAAUUUAAAUGGGCCAAAAAAUUACGUUCGAUCUAUUUCGGGGAAAUUGAACAUAUCGCGAGAAAAUGAGGAGAAAUUGGUCAUGAGAAAAACGUUGUCGGAGAAAUAUGAUCGUGUGGGGCCCACUUUGGAGGAAGAUGAGUUUUCGAUAAUGUCCGAUGAAGAAUUAAACCGAAGAGUUGAGGAGUUUAUAAGACGGUUUAAUAUGCAGAUAAGGUUUCAAGCGGGCCGGGCGAGCGGGCCGUCGGUGGUGUAG